AUGGCGCUGCACAGCUUGCCUUGCAGCACCAGUGCGCUAUGGGUGCUGACGGCUGCGUUCGUUUUGCUCUCUGUGCCGACUUCCUACAUUCUACCGAAUAAAUCACAAGAUGCUAUUGCCGUAAUAGAUGGCGCGGUUAAUCUGGAUAUCGCGUCACCGGAGAAUUCCUACACGGUCGAAUUUUUGCAAUCAUAUUAUCAAUCUGCAGAUCUUCUCCCUCAUAUCAUAAUGCUCGUCAUCGGAUUUAUUGUUUACCUUUUCGAGUGGAUACACAGAAAACUAAUGGAAAGAAGAAUACUUAAGCUGCGGUCGUUCCUGGGCGCGUCGCUGGAGCGGCUGCGCGAGGCGGACGCGCGGCGCGAGCAGCUGGAGGGCACGCUGAAGCUGGCGCGCGGCGCCUCUGCCGAGUACAACCUGCUGCUCUUCCUGCUGCUGCGCGCCAAGGACGGCGACUACGACAAGCUGCAGUGCUGAACAUAUCCUUACGACACUUUCUGCUGAGCGGGACAAACAAACGAAUAUAGGUAUUCUUUCAGUCUCUGUUUUAGCAGGGAGUGUUCGGCUACAGGAUAAAACCAACUUUAAAAAUCGUAAAAGACUAUCUCACCACACCCAGGUCACGAUACGCCGCACCCACCAUAACUUACGGGUGCGGCGUAUCAAGCUCGCGGCGCGGUGCGUUAGUCUGAGGACGCUGUUUCGUCCAGCAGCUGCUUACUUACUGAGCGAAGAUAUUAUCAAAGUCUCUUUUUACGACUUAGUAGCUAAGUUUUCUGCUGUCUAAGUAUAACAUUUGUCAGUUUGUUGACUAAUAUUUGAAUUUUAUCUGACUAUAUUGUUUGUGAAGAGUUUUGUUAUAUCGAACUAAAUAUAAUUGUAAUCAUUACAAGCAAGACGAACUUAGCCAUUCAUACUUCGUCUUAAUGGUAGAAAAGGGUUUCGGUGUUGAAAGUAAAUGUUUGUUUCGCGGGUUUUAUAGCGCAUUGCUGUUUAUUUUAAUGUAAAUUAUCGUAUUAAAGUGUUUUAUUUGAAUCAA